AUUUACUUCAUUAAGAGUUCACUAUUGAAUUAGCAUAGUCCCUGUAAUAUCCGUGAUUUGAUACAAAAUAGUAAAUGCACCAAAAGAUAUUGUCCUAUGUGAAUCGAUCCUGUAAUUAUUCACGGCGUACCAUAGUACCAAACUUUUAAACUACACCAAACCAUCGUGGUUCCGAAGGUGAUUCGAAAAAAAUGUUUGCGAAUAAACAUUUUAUAAAAACUUUAUAAAGUAUACUACGCAAUUCAAAUUGUUAAAUUGAUUGUCUAUUGUAUAUGUAAAUAACAAUAUCGGCAUAACAAAUUUCUUAAUGAAUCGUAAUAUUUUACUUACAUGACUAUAAUAUGACAUCCUACAUGAUAUGAGAGUGUGUCAAACUUUGGGAAUUACCACCUGGUGCUACGAAUGACGUUCUUCCUUUUUGUUUGACAAUAUCAUAUUUAACGGGAAGUUUGGCAUGCUAAAUUCGCAAUCACUUUUUAUAUGCCUCUUUAUUAUGUGCAGCCGUUUUGUGCACGCAAGCGCACUGUACCUACCGCCCAUUGUUCCUACCAGAAUGAAACAGACCACUUACCAUUACACAUCUAUUCAGUUAUACUGAAGCUUCUAGUCCCGCCUGACUAUCUAAUAUUCGUAAACCAAAAAUGCAAUAACAUUGUUGGUGAAUUUAACUGAUAUUCUCAACAGUUAAAAAAACUGACGCGAAUUUUACGAUUAAACUCAUUUCCUGUAAAAUUUCAACUUAUAACAAAUAUUAAAAUAUCGUCAGAAAUGAAACUAAUGACUAUGAAAUUAAAAACGACUCUAGAUACCGAAAGCGAUUUUUAUUACGCAGUACAAGUAACUCGCAUCAUUUUGCGAAUCAUCGGCCUAUGGCCGAUACCGAGAUUCGCGUCCAACGCAAAUAGAAUUGCGAUUCGCUUGCAAAACGUUGUUUGCUAUUUUUUAUUUGCAUUUAUUCUCGUACCGGGUCUACUAUUAAUAUUCCUAAAGGAACGCGAUGUCAAACGAAGAAUCAGAUUAGUGGGGCCGCUUUUGAACUGUUCGGUGGGUUGCAUAAAAUACAGUCUAUUCCUUUAUUAUGGAAAACAAAUCCAAUCGUGCCUAGAACAGGCACAGCAGGAUUGGCAAAAGACAACCAACUCGAGCGAUCGAAAAAUUAUGCUGUCUAAGGCGAAAACGGGCCGAAAAUUCGCUAUCUUUUCCGCCGCCUUCAUUUACGUCGGCGGACUAUCUUUUCGUACCAUUCUACCGCUCUCGAAAGGACGAAUAUUGACAUCAAUGAAUACUACGAUAAGAGUUCUCUCAUGCCCCAGUUAUUUUGUCAAGUUCGACGAGCAGGAAUCCCCUGCAUACGAAAUCGUGUUUAUCUUGCAAUUCUUUGCUGGAUUUCUCACUUAUUCGAUGACGUGCAGUGUAGCUGGACUAGUGGCAUUCUUCAUCAUGCACGUUUGCGGACAGCUGAGUAUUUUGAUCGGUAAACUGCAGCAUCUCAACGACAUGACGCAACCAGAGGAUCAAGCCGUCGCGACUUUGUUAGCUGAUGUUGUGGAACAUCAAAUAAGGGUGAAAAAUUUUUUGGCACAAGUAGAAGAAGUUAUGCGAUUCAUGUGGUUAGUGGAAAUAUUAGGGUCUAUUGUAAUGUUAUGUCUUACAGGAUAUUAUAUUAUUACGGUAAUCAUUAAAAUAUUUUCCAAAAGAGAAUGGCAGAGUAGCAAUUCUACGGCCACGUUAACUUAUUCUGUGAUGCUCACAUCUUUUACUAUUUCUAUUUUUAUUUAUUGUUAUGUCGGCCAGCUUUUGACAGAUCAGAGCAUCGAGCUUGGAUUGACAACAUCUACAAUAAGUUGGUAUCGUCUUCCGCAUAAAAGGGCUCGUACUUUAAUCCUGAUAAUAGCGGUUUCCAAUAUUCCGGCAAAUAUCUCUGCAGGCAAAAUAAUAGAAAUGUCGUUAUCCACAUUUAGUAAUGUGAGUAUGGAUGGCAGUCAUCAUAUUUUAAAGUUUAUCAGUCGCAAACACAUGCAAUUUGUUUUGUUACUCCAUAGAUUAUCAAAACAUCAGUAG